AUGGGGACCGGCCAGAAACCUUCGACGGAGAAGAAACGGACCCGACGAAUCUCGUUUGGUGGUUGUUCUUUCUUUUGGUUUUUGAUCCCUCCCCAGUAUGAAAUGUCUGCAAGAAAUGAUUUGCAAGUCCGCCAUGAGAAGAGCUUCCCCCAAGUUUCUCCCUCACCUCAUAAAACAACACAGCAAACACCCCAAAAUCCUAUCUUUUUCCGUCGAUUAUUCCACCUCCUCCGACCACUCUCUGCCGCGCCACCCGAAAUCCCAUCAGAACAAAUCAUUCUCCGAAACUCAACCUCCACUUCGGACUCCAUGGCUUACUGCCCGGCCCGCCUCACAAUUUCAGCACCCUCGCAGGCCCAAUUGCCCAGGACGGGCCUCAUGCAGCGGAAAAUCAUGGAAAGAACAGAUCUCGAAGAGGCCUUUGAGUCUGCGGAGUCCAUCGAUGAAAUGCUCGAGGCCUUCAAAGCCAUGGAGACAACUUUCGAAGAGAAGGAUUUAGGUUUGGCCUGUCUGAAAAUUUGUCUCAAGCUGGAUAAAGACGCUGAUGAUCCUGAAAAGGCUCUUUCAUUUACUCAAAGAGCACUUAGAAUUUUCGAUGACUGUAAUGAUAGCAAUACCGAUCAUGGCUCGAGUAAUAUGUUUUAUCUAUCGAUUGCUACGACUCUGCAGUUGUUGGGUUCUUCCAGUUUUAACCUCAAAAGAGACGAACAAAUUUUGCCUAUUCUGCACGCAGUUCAGUUGGAGCUUUUCAACGUGAAGACAGCCAUGGGCAGGAGAGAGGAAGCUAUCGUUCAUCUGAAAAAGUCGCUGGAGAUUAAAGAAAGUACCCUCGAUGAAGACAGUAAAGAGCUGGGGAAAGCCAAUCAGCAUAUGGCCGAGGUUUUUGUUGCUGUCUUGAAUUUCAAAGAGGCAUUGCCCUUUUGUCUGAAGGCUCUGGACAUACACAAAGAACAUUUAGGACACAAUUCGGUUGAAGUCGCCUAUGAUAAAAGACUACUCAGGAUUAUAUACACCGGAUUAGAGGAUCACGAGAAGACACUCGAGCAAAACCAACUUUCUAGAAAAGUCCUAAAGAAGUAA